AUGGCGCUAGCAAGCAACGGAAAAAGAAGUUUUCAUAAUGACCAUCGUAAGAACGAAAUGAAAAGAUCCCCGAUCUUUCAGAACUGUUCUUUCAGACUACGCCGCCGGCGACAGUUUGAAUAACUUCUCGAAAGUUCAUCGUAACAGUCGCGAAGAGAAUCAUCUGAACGUGGAAAUGGUGGAGAGGGACUCCGUGGUCGGAAACGGAAACGCAGAACGUCGUUUCUUGGGAGGAUUGAUCGGAAACAAGGAGCUGGGCAUGAUGACCGUUAUCGCGGUCGCUUUGUACCUGAUCAACGGCGAGUAUGCUCAAGUGGGUCAGUCCGGAAACUUCCGGAAUAUGAAUGUUUCUUAAAGAUACUGUCCACUGCUGUGACUUCGGUCCCUCCAGCCGUCUUCUCCUAUCGAGUUCUGAUGAAUCGGAAGACGUCGAAGGACGGAUACGUCAGUUCGACAUUCUCUAGUUCUCUAGAUUCAUUAAUUCUUUUCAGCAUUCCAUUCUCUUCUACUGGACUCUCUACGGUAUUCUCACCGUCAUCGACCAGUUCGUCGGGACCGCGCAAGGAUACAACCUACUCAAAAGUGGUGUGCUCGGCGCCGUCUUCCUCCACGCAGUCCGUCUCAACCCCUCUUCGAUUCCUCGUUCCUGGAUGGACGAUCAAGCGACUGCUGAGAUCCUCUCCUCGAUUUUCUCCCGCUAUGAUUCUCGGGGUUUCAUCAAGAAGACAGACUCGUCUCAUUUCGUCCCCAACUCUCCAACACCAACUCAUUUCUCGGACGAUGAGACCAUUUACGAACUGUCGACGUCUUCUGAUCUGGAAGAGAAUGCGAUGGACGUCAGCACUGCUGUCAGUUUCUUGCCUUCUCCUUCCAUGCAAACCACUCAGAAGAUGUCGCCCGACUACGUGUGCAAGACGGCGACGCCGCAAACGAUGCAAGUGGAGAAUGAAGCGACGGAGCCUCCGUCGACCAUCAGAAUGCGUCCGAAGAUGCAGCAGCAGUACGAGACGAUGUCGGCGAUGACGAUGACUGUGAGCGGGGCGCCCGACAUUGUGACGGUCCCCGCGGAUCGCCUCGUUUUCUCAUCGGACAAUCGCUCGGCUCAGAUUCAAGUCACCAACGUUUCGCCCCUUCACAUCAUGUUCGCUCUCAAGGUAUUCACUUUGCCAGUUUCAACUCCAACUUGAUUUCCAGACGAACGCUGACACUCACCUGAUUGCCGCCCCGACAACUGGAGUCCUUCUGAGCGGUCAGUCGAUGACAAUGCGGGUCGGUGUGACUGAGAAGCACUUUGAUGAAAGCGGCGAUCCCGGAAAGUCCAUCGACAAGGUCCCUCUACUGAUUCACAAUACCCCCUUAAAUAACCUUGCAGCUGGCUAUCGACUACACCUCGAUCCCUCAGCGAUUCUCCUCCUCUAUCUCCUCCUUCUUCCCACGGUUUUUCCAAUCGAACAACCGCCGUCGCCACGCCAUUCGCGUCUUUUACCAGUGA